UUUUGAUAGACCUCUGUUACCGCACCUUUUUUUAAUUGACAACACCAUGGAUAACCAACCGAAAACCCCCUCUCGCCCUAGUGGAAUUCCGCGUCUAGUCUCUAGGUUACCUCUACCGAUAUCAAAAUCCUCCCCCUCCCUCAGACCUUCCCCGUCCCGCGAGAAGCUGCGAGCAGACCCUGGCCUUAAUGUCUCAAGGCUUCGGAGACCGUCGGAGGAACCAGAAUUUAAGAAACCCCUCCCAAGGUUAUCGCAUCCGAAGAAGAUUCCAAAUACUUUUCAACAGAAGCGGGUUGUUUCCGUGGCUGGAUCAAGUGAUGGUGGAAGAUUCGAGUCUGACAGGGGGUUGGAGGAAAGCCCCAACUUCGAAGCAGAAUCCCUAGAACAGGACGCAGAAGCUCGGGGCCGUACAAGGCCAUCAUUAUCGGAUAGGACGAUAGAAACAUUGGCUCAGAUUCCAUCCUCCCCUUCCUCUUCUCUGAGACAGUCCAGCUUCUUCAGUGCCACUAGCCCAAUGCGAUCUUUCUCUCGCCCGCCAUCCUCCAUGACCAAUUACUCAAGAUCGCCCUCGAGAUCAUCCUCAUCUCGUCAAUUAAGUGGGAGCGACUUAAUUUCUGCUCCACCGUCUGUUGUGCGCCUUCCCUCGAGAUCUCGCGCAUCCGUGUCCAUGAACGACCCCCCAAGUGACCAGAGCUCUGUUACAACCGUAGAGAGCCCACCUAAACCCAAGAGGCCUGCGGUAAGAAGGAGCAUCUAUGGCAGCACCGAUUCAACUGCUACGACCCCAGCUCCUCGCCUAAGUUUGGGCCGAACGCCAGCCAAACCUGCCGAGACCGAGACGGAUUCUUCGCAACAACCGCCUCUCCAAGUGAAGAAGACCCGGAAGAUACAGCCAAAAGCUUCUAAUUCAAGGCUGUCCUCAGCAGGCUUCCGGUCCUCUUCCGCUAAAUCUCCAUCGUCGGAAACCUCGGCAGAUCAGCAGUCGGGCAUGGAAGAGCGGAAAGUAUCCAAGUCGUCCAGUGCAUUGAGGGAAAGUAUUGCAAAAGCUAAAGCUGCCCGUAAAGCAGUGGCACAAAAAGACUCUCAGCCCUCUUCGUUUGAUGCCUGGGACGAGACUAUUGUUCGGGACCCGUUUAACCAAGGGCCUAAAGAUCCGAAUCAUGGAUUACUCCGAAAGCGCCUGGACGCCGGCCGGACCUCAGGUCAUUUGAACAUUGCGGCAAUGUCAUUGACUACAUUUCCGGGUGAAGUCCUCACCAUGUACGACUUUGACCCUAAUUCUACUACUGAUUGGUACGAAAGCGUGGACCUGGUCAAGUUCAUUGCCGCAGACAAUGAGUUUACCGAACUUCCCGAAGCGGCGUUCCCCGACAUGGACCCUAAUGAGAUAAGUACGGAUGAUGACGAAAAGGGAAAUCAGUUUGGGGGACUGGAGGUUUUGGACUUGCAUGGGAAUUUGCUACAGUCUCUUCCGCUAGGCUUUAGAAGACUACAGAGACUGCACACCCUGAACCUAUCGAAUAACAAGUUGAGCAUGAGCGAUAUCGAGGUUAUCAUGGAGAUGGGUUCCCUUCGGGACCUCAAGCUUGCGAAGAACCAGUUGGAAGGCGCACUUAUUAAUGAGAUCGGUCGCCUCAGCAAUCUUGAGGUUCUGGAUCUGCGGGAAAAUUCCCUUGUUGACCUUCCUGAAAGCCUGGCGGACUUGCGCUCACUUCGUGUUUUAAAUGUUGGAUAUAACCAACUAACAUCUCUGCCAUUCGAAGCCCUAAGCAAGCUUCCUAUGAAGGAGAUUAGUGCCCCCAGAAACAAGUUAAGCGGAGCGCUGAUCCCGGCUUCUGUAAAUAAGUUCGACGCUCUGCAGAAUUUGGAUGUCGUUGGCAACGCACUUGUGAAGCUUUCCGAGAACGAAAGCUUGGAACUUCCUAGCUUGCAGACCCUAGCGAUCAGUAUGAAUCGUAUCCAGAGCUUGCCAAACGUUUCAGUCUGGCCAGCACUCCUGGCCCUGUCAGCAGAGGAUAAUAGUAUAUCCAGCCUGCCACAGGGAUUUACCGACCUGAAGGCUAUCAGAAACGUUGACUUUACCGGAAAUGACAUCUCGAAACUGGACGAAAAGAUUGGAUUGAUGGACAGCCUGGUGACGUUUCGAAUCGCCAACAACCCUCUACGCGAGCGCAAGUUCCUCAGCAUGACUACGGAGGAUUUAAAGCGUGACUUGCGGAAUCGGUGCGAACCAGAGCCUCAGGAGACGGACGAUGAAGAGGGCUCUGUUGCGACGCAAUUUACGCUGGCCCCAGAGACCCCAGCACAGACCGCGGGUUGGCAGGUCAAACCUGGAGGUGCUCUUGACCGAUCUUAUACCGAACUACAAGAUUUGGAAAUCGAACAGCUGGAGCAUAUCAAUCCAAAUGAAGUCAGAUGUCUGUACCUGCAACAUAACGACUUGCAGUGUUUCCCAGUACCGGCGCUGAGCCUGCUUGCAUCCCACCUGACAGACCUUGAUAUGUCACACAAUCCAUUGGAUAGCUCGUCACUUUUUACCUCUUCCAUUACCUUUCCAAGCCUGCAAAAUCUGAAUCUUGGUACCACCGGCCUAGUUACUCUGGAACCAAUAUUUACCAACCUUAUCGCACCGUCUCUCACUUUCCUCGAUGUGACAGGCAACGGCCUUUCCGGAGCCCUCCCCCCUGUUCGUCAAACCUACCCGAAAAUGACCACGUUCCUAGCCGCGGAAAACCAGUUUGAUAGCUUAGAGUUUGAAGCUGUCCAGGGUCUCCAGGUGUUGGAUGUAGGUAAUAACAAUAUUGGGGCGCUUCCCCCGAAGCUCGGCUUAUUAAGGGCCGAGGGCUGCAGUGCUAACUGGGGUGCCGGGUCUGCUCUGAGACGGUUUGAGGUGGCGGGGAAUAGUUUCCGGGUUCCUCGAUGGCAAGUCGUUGCGAAAGGAACCGAUGCUAUUCUCGAAUGGCUAAAGGACCGGAUUCCUGCUGAAGACCUGCAUGAGUGGGAAUCAGACGACGAGGCAAACUAAACAAGAAAUGGCCGUUCCCACCGUGCGAUACUUGUGUGUGUCUGAUUUCGGCCCGCUAAACCGAUGUAUAUAACAUACAUAACCCAUGUAAAUUCUUUCGUUUCGGGACUCGAUGUUUUAAUUUAAUAUUAUUUG